AUGUUGCUCAUUCUUGCUGGCUUUUGGGGCUCUGGCUUGUUAACCACAGUUCUGGUUUCAAGCAUACUUUUGGUUUUGGCUUCAUCCACUCUUUUCUUCAACUUUCCCAAGCAGAAACCUGUGUUGGUGGAAGAACCCGUUGGCGAAACGGUCUACACAUCCACCCCGGAAACUCGACUACUGCACAUGACCGGUUUCGCAGCGGAGAAAGAAAUCCUGGAAGAAAAUGGUGCAUUUUCUGUUGAUGAGUUCUUGGCGAGAUCAUCAACAUCAGCAGAUUCACUAUUGGAAAGCGAAUGCCUCAAUCCCUCGUGUUCGAGUGAGGACGACUGCGAAGCGGAGUGGCCAAUUUUUCGGGAGAAGGAUUGUUGUUCAGAUGGUUCGAUCUCAGAUGAGGAGAGCCUUAUCGAGAUUGCCAUUCCGACCGGGCAUUACGUUGGUGGACAUAAGAAGAAAGAGGUGCACAAGUUGAAGAAGAUGCCUGAUUCACCCCAUUCAGUUUCUGAGGGAAAUGGUCCAAUGGAUUAUUUCUUUUCAGAUGAGGUCAGCGGAAUACACUACUGCGAGGAAGAAAAUUUGAUCGAGAUUGACAUAUCAAUCGGGUCCAUCAAGUGCUCGAGGUUUCAAAUUUAA